AUGAUCUUCCGUCGACUCUCCUUGGUCAUUUUCCUCUUUACUGCCACCGCGUUUUUCUGCACUCGGUCGGCCGAUGCUGCCAAGGGUCCUAAAAUAACGCACAAGGUCUACUUUGACAUCAAGCAUGGCGACGAGGAACUUGGACGAAUCGUCAUGGGCUUGUACGGUGGUACCGUUCCUAAAACUGUUGAGAACUUCCGAGCUCUUGCCACUGGCAAGGAUAAGGACGGAAAUGAACUCGGAUUCGGAUAUAAGGGUUCCAAGUUCCACCGAGUCAUCAAGGAUUUCAUGAUUCAAGGUGGUGACUUCACCAAAGGUGAUGGAACCGGCGGAAAGUCGAUCUACGGUGACCGGUUCGCCGAUGAGAAUUUCAAACUCCGUCACACUGGUCCUGGAACCUUGUCCAUGGCCAAUGCCGGUAAAGACACGAAUGGCUCCCAAUUCUUCAUUUGCACCGUGGUCACCAGCUGGUUGGAUGGCAAACACGUCGUUUUCGGCAAGGUUCUGGAUGGCAUGGAUAUUGUACACCAAAUUGAAAAUGUUGCAAAGUCUCGAGACAAGCCCGUCGUCGAUGUCAUCAUUGCUGAUUCUGGAGAGCUCGAAGUGGGGGCCGUGACCGACGAAGAAGGAAACCAGGAAUCCCCAGUCUCUCAGCCAACGACAAGCGCCGCGGCUGACAAUUAUUUAACGACUGGAACAUUAUCGGCCACAACACCAAUGGCAACUGAAUCAAUCACAAUCACCCUUGAGGCUGAAGUGACCUCUUCGACUUUGAGGAACGUCAUUCUUGGACUCUUGUUGGUUGGUGUUGCCGGUGCUCUCCUCGCUUGGAUGCGAACAUUCCAAUGGCUUCAUCGCGUGAUAUCACGAAAGGAGCGCGGUCUUUACAGGAAAGUAGGGGACGAAGACAUAGAAAAACGUGUGGAAUAGUUCAUAGCCAGGUAAACUAUUGUUAUUGGUAUAGUGAUGGAUGGUCUACGAAGGAUAUCAUUUUACUCAUGUAGACAUGGUGACAAUCAAGUUACCCUACGUAACAACACAGAAGAAUAGAUACGAAUAUAAUGAUGGAGGGUGUAGCUCCCGCUGUU